CGACACAUAAUGUUGCAAGAAUUGUCUCAAUAAAUAGAGGUUAGUAGAGGAAGAGGAAGCUAAUUCUUCCUAGUGUGAUACACGAUACAAUUUAAAAGAUACUGACUUGCUGGUUCUUUACAAUUACUCAGAAGAUGGAAACAGCUGGUGAAACAACGAAAGACAACAGCUGUUGUACAUGUACCGUUACCUGUCGCUGUGAGAAUGGAAAGAUGACAUGCGUCUGUAACUGCAAGGAUGACACGUCUCAGUGUUGUGAAGAAGUUAAGGAGGGGAAAGGCAAAUGUGCAUGUACCGUAACUGUUGUUUGUGAAUGCACAGAUUCACGUUGUAACCCAGAUUGCAAGAAGGAGUCAUGCCAGGAUUGCGCAGAAGCCAAAAAGAAGAACAGCUGUGUUUGUACCGUUACCUGUCGCUGUGAAAAUGGAAAGAUGACAUGCGUCUGUAACUGCAAGGAUGACACACCUAAGUGUUGUGCAGAAGCUAAGGAGGGGAAAGGCAAAUGUACAUGUACAGUUACCUGUCGCUGUGAAAAUGGAAAGAUGACAUGCGUCUGUAACUGCAAGGAUGACAUAUCUCAGUGUUGUGCAGAAGCUAAGGAGGGGAAAGGCAAAUGUGCAUGUACCGUAACUGUUGUUUGUGAAUGCGAAGAUUCACGUUGUAGCCCAGAUUGCAAGAACGAGUCAUGCCAGGAUUGCGCAGAAGCAAAAAAGAAGAACAGCUGCGUUUGUACCGUUACCUGUUUUUGUGAAAAUGGAAAGAUGAAAUGCGUCUGUAACUGCAAGGAUGACGCGUCUCAGUGUUGUGAGGAAGCAAAGGAGGGAAAGGACAAGUGUACUGUUACUUGUCAAUGUUGAAACGGAAAGAAGUGAUCCCUUACUGACUGAACUUUCAAUAAUCGUGAAUUCUUUGACCAUUGAGAAGCCCAUAAAUUGACGUUGUGGAUAUGAAUACAAGGAGUAUAUCAACAAGAGCAAAUUAAUUUUAUGAUGAUAUACGUGACCUAAAUCUUUAAUGUUAAAGUAUAUUUUCCAAAUGUGAUAUUGUAUGAAAGGCAGUUAGUAGAACAUCAGACGAAAUCUAAAUAUACACGUGUUGGUUCUCUUUUUAAAUUCAGAAAUUUUAUUAAUAUGAUAAAAAGUUUUAAUUUUUAAUUGAGGCCCAAUAACUAUUAUAAUUUAUAUAAUUAGCUCGCUAGGUAUGCCAAACACGAAAAUAAAAACAAGAUAUUUGAAGAUAGUGAUGUAAAAAUGUUAAUUGGUUUUAUAAUUUUUCUUCAGUUUAAUGCAUGUACCAUCAGCCGACUGGUUAGAUUAGUUUUAUAUAUUGUCUGACAUUAGAAAAGUUAGCAGUUCGUGAAUGAGGAAUCAAUGUACGAAGCUAUAGUGAAAUUUGAGAAUAAAAUUUUGUAAUGUUGAAGUUA